AUGGCCGAGCCAGCGGCGUUGACGACGGCUCACGCUCAUGCGCGCAAGGCGGCAGAGGUCACGCAGCAGGUCGACUGGACCCAGGCGGCGGAUGAACACAGUCAAGCAGCAAACGACUAUGCAAAGGCAGCCAAAACGCAGGCUCUUCGGGUUCUCAGGCUGCUGGAGGAGCAACAUCUCAAGCUUGCACGCAUCAUCAAGCUGCAAGAUAUUCCUGACUCAGCGGACGAGCCCGACAAGACUGAGGAGCUUACCAAACAAUCAUUGCAAACCGAUCAAGACCCUGCCGUGUCCAGACAUGACUUUGCCCAGGCAGAUAAGACCAUAUCAGGCACGGAAACCAAGACCAACCCUGCUGCGAAGCCAGCGACUUCCUCUCUUGCUGCCGCACGCUUUGGAAGCUCGAUUCGUGAUUCAUCGCCGUCACUCGCACGAGACAUAGCAUCUCGACGAGGCAUUCCUCCUUCACGUCGCAAUCCACCAUCGGCAGCAGCGCAGGCAAGAGCGAGGCAGCUGUCGCCUGAAUCUCAUCGAAGGAAUCGAUCAAACGCAACCCCAAGUCCCAAAAUUCCGCCUUCUAUCAUGGAUAGCCAAACUUUGAAGCCUGCGCAAAUGCUCAAGAAGGCAGAGGACGAUGAUGCCUUUUCCAAGUUCUACACGAACAUGACUACGGGAACCAUGUCAAAGUUAUCAUCAGUAUUGGCAUAUGCAGGCUUGCCAUUGACUGCUGACGACGUUAAGCCAGAGCAGGCACCUCAGCAGAAAAUCAAGCAACGUACCGUCACUGCAAGCAACGAACCCGAUGUCAAGAAGAUCUUUUCCAAGGCCGCCUUGAAUGCAAUAGAGGAUGAGCAUCGCCAGCGAGGUCACCAAGGCCAUGCAUUCGGCCCUGCUGAGAGCUUUUACGUCGUCCAAACAGGUGGCGGGACCUAUUCUUACGCCGAUAUUGCCAAAGCUCAGCAGCAACAGCAACUUGGAGGAAUUGAUGAGGAUGACGAAGAGUCUUUUGUAGAUGCUCGAGAGGCUCAAAUGCCGGAUUCUCCCAGGCACAGCCGUUUCCGAUCACAAGGACGUGGCUCUUUCGGAAAGUCUCGAACGCACGAAGAGCUAGAGCUGGAAAACACUACCCUUAAGCACACCUUGGAGCAACUUGCCACGCGUUUGACAGACUUCGAGACUCAUGCUCAGGAUGCCUCGAUGGCGGCUCUGACACAAAGCGUCAUGAGUGUAAAGGCUGAGCAGCGGCCCGCUGGCACGAACGAAGCCGCGUUGCUUGAACGCCUGAGGCAAACGGAAAAACAGCUCGAGCAGCAGACCGAAGACAAUCAAAGAUUGCAGGAAGUGCGUGCUAAGCAAGAGAAGACCUUAAAGAAGUAUCAGUCGAAAUGGGAGGAGAUCAAGACCAGUGCAAAGGAGAAACAGAAAGCGAAGGCCGAAAGAAAGGAGAAAGAGGCAGAGGCAGCUGGUACUUCUUCCUGAUGAGAUGCACCUUCGCCUUUCUGAUAUGAGAGAUGAGCUGGACAUAGCCUGCGUGCCAGUAGGAUGUUGAAAGGGGAAGAUCAUAGAGUACUGUCGGCCAAGAAAAGAAUACCUGAAUUCUUCGCAACG